AGUCCGCUAGCCCCAAUGCCCCGAUCCUUGACAGUUUUCGAUAGCCUGUGCUCACCAUCUUCUUGUGCAUCUUUUGCUUGGAUUAGGGUGAGGAACGUCGUUGUUGUAAUCAGUUUGUGUGACUUUUUGUGCAGUUUACAAUGUUGGCUCUUCGAAGUGCUGUUCUGGGAUCUUCCAGAAAUGUUGCGGCCGUUCUGGGAUGCCGCAACAAGCACACUCUGCCGGAUUUGCCGUAUGACUUCGGCGCUCUGGAGCCGGUCAUCUGCCGCGAAAUUAUGGAGGUUCACCACCAGAAGCACCACAAUGCCUACGUUACGAAUCUGAACGCCGCCGAGGAGCAGCUGAAGGAAGCCGUCGCCAAGAAUGACGCUUCCAAGAUCAUUCAGCUGGGUAGUGCCCUCAAGUUCAACGGCGGUGGCCACAUCAACCAUUCCAUUUUCUGGAAGAAUCUCUCGCCGGAUCGGUCGGAUCCGUCGGCCGAGUUGAAGAAACUGCUGGAUCGCGACUUGCAGGGAUUGGACAACUUCAAGAAGGAAAUGAAAGCGGCUGCUGUGGCCGUACAGGGAUCGGGUUGGGCUUGGUUGGGCUAUAACAAGAAGACCAAAGCUCUGCAGGUUGCUGCCUGUCCGAACCAGGACCCUCUGGAGGCCACUACCGGCCUGGUCCCGCUGUUCGGAAUCGACGUUUGGGAGCAUGCGUACUAUUUGCAAUACAAAAAUCUGAGACCGAACUACGUCGAUGCUAUUUGGGAUGUCGUCAACUGGAAGGAUGUUUCCGAGCGUUUGGCCAAGGCACAGUAAAGAACAGGGUAAGUUUGUGCUCGAAUGAAUGUUCGUAAAAGUUGCGAUUCUCUAUAUCUUCUGAAUUUAUCAUGCUUUUGAGAGCAUCGGAAUAAAAUGAUUAGUUGCAAA